AUGAGAGGCUUGUGUGGGUUUAUAGCGGAGGUGUCGCUGCUGGGGAUGGCGUGGCACCCGCUGACGCAGCCAGAGCACCGGCUGGCGCCCGCGGCGGCGUGCGCGUGCUCCACCCUGCUGCACGCGGCCGCCCACGCGCUCACGCUGGGCGCGCCGCUGCUGGUCGCCGGCAUGUUCUUCUGCCCCGCGCUCACCCGCGCCGCCGACGCCGACAAGAAGGACAAGAAGGACAAACACGAGAGAAAAGACAAGAAGGCUAAGAAAGAGAAGAAGGAAAAGAGGGAGAAGAAAGACCUGGAGGAAAAGAAGGAAAAGAAGGCCAAGGAAGAGAAGAAGGAGAAGAAGAACAAAGAAGAGAAGAAAGAAAAGAGCAAACAGGAAAAGAAGGAUGACUAGAAAGAAAAGACUGAAGUUUUAACUGACCUAAAAGGCAGCUCAGGUUUUAUACACAAGACUCUACCGAAUAGUAAGUUCAUUGCUCGUUCCAAAAGUUCCUUAAUGAUAAAGUGCGCGCUGUAAAAUAGGUCAUCUUUCAAACUUUGUAUACGGGUUUUUUUAUCGUGUUCACUCCUCAUCGACUUUGAUAAACAAAAACUGAAUUAGAAAAGAUAAUUGGGAUAUGGGAGAUAUUUUCGGGUAGGGAUAUUUCAUUUCACUAUAUUGCAUUCUCUGGUUUCUCCCGUGUUUUCAGUCAUUCACUUCUUGUAUUUUUCAAAACUAUUGAAUAAGCAAUUGGAGUGGAUUAUUUCUUUUCUUCAAGUUUUAUACAAUGGUUAUUCAAGGGAGGUUUCCAUUUUGUAUUUUUUGGUUUUGAAAUCUUCACUGCAUUCUGGUUCAAUAGCCAUGUACAAAUGUAUAAUACUAUUUCAUCUAGUAGAACUUUGAACGUUAUUAAAAACUUCAUUAUUUCCUAACUUUGAAUUCAACUUCAAUGGACGAAAGUUAGUUUCUCUACACUGCCAGUAUGUCAGUAAGACAAACUCAAUGGUGCUUAAAGAAGGGAAAAUGAAGAUUAAAGAAAAAAGAGGAAAACAUCCAGGAAAAUAUUUUUGAGGUCAUUAUGACAUGCAUGAAGUGCAAUGCUAUGAGCAAUAAAAAUGUGUACAAAUAUAAAUGGAUUUAUUUAAAAUAUGUUAUUAUUUAUUUAAUUUGUAUUUCCUCCAUGGAUGCAUACGACAUGUAUUCUUAAAAUUCAUUACUUCAUUCAAAAUUGAUCAUUCAUUAAGGUAGGUACUUUUGUUUUGUGCUUUGGCAAUUUUAAUAAUUUAAUAUUAAUCUGAAAUGGAUAUAUAAUUACCUUUCGCUCUGUAAGAUUUCUUAAAAUAUAUUUUUGAAAGUCAUUGGAAUUAUAACCUUGAUUCAUAAUCGAAAAACCCUGACUUAAUCGUAA